GGGGAGCCGGGCGGGCCGAGGAGCGGCGCACGCCGCGCUCAGGAGGCGCCUGCGGGGAGCGGCCGCCGCGCUGGCAGGGGCGCAGCCCCGGCCUGGCCGCCGCGGGAGGCGGGGGGGGGCGCGGAACGGGUGUCCCGGAGCAAGGGAGGCGCUCUCCCGGGAGCCGCUCUCUCGCGUUCCGUUACUUCUGCCACGGACGGAUCGUCUCGGCGGAGGUCCGCGAGCGGGAGCCGCCUCCCAACGCUGAAGGGGGAGCCGCAGCCCAGCGCCAGCGGAACCGGAGCGCCGUGCGCCCGCGGCGUCUGGAGGCGGCCCCGGCCCCGCACCCCGGCUCACAGGAUAAAUGGGUGUAUGUGACUUUUCCCCUGACCUAAAGUGGUUCCAUGUCUUGUUUGGACUGUUCCUGUAUUCUGCAUACACCAGUUGAAUCAAUCAGACCAGAAGAGCUAUCUCAGAGCAGUGUCCAUGAAUCCCUGGCUGAUUCUGAACUAGCCUGGAUUCCCCCAUCUACAGGAAGGAAUGAAAUGGUAUUUUGCUCUUCUAAUGUUUCUCACUAUGAACUCCAGCUGGAAAUAGGAAGGAGGUUCAACAACUUAACUUCAGUCUACCUUGCACGGCAUAUGCCUACAGGCAUGCAAGUUGCUGUCAGGAUCACAGACCUAGAAAAUUGCUCUGAAGAACAUUUGAAAGCCUUACAGAAUGAGGUGGUUUUAUCCCACUUUUUCCAGCAUCCCAACAUAAUGACACUUUGGACAGUGUUUACAGCUGGUAGUUGGCUUUGGGUCAUCUCCCCAUUCAUGGCUUAUGGUUCAGCUAGACACCUGCUGAAGACUUACUUUCCUGAAGGAAUGAGUGAAGCUUUGAUAGGGAACAUUCUGUUUGGUGCAAUCAGAGGAUUAAAUUACAUGCACCAGAAUGGCUACAUUCACAGGAAUAUUAAAGCUAGCCACAUUCUGAUUUCAGGGGAUGGGCUGGUUUCUCUCUCUGGCUUAAACAACCUCUACAGUUUAAUUAAAAAUGGACAAAAGUCAAAGGUGGUAUAUGAUUUCCCCCAGUUUAGUACAUCUGUGCUUCCUUGGCUGAGUCCUGAACUACUGAGACAGGAUUUAUCUGGGUAUAACAUGAAGUCUGACAUUUACAGUGUGGGAAUUACAGCAUGUGAAUUAGCCAAUGGACAUGUUCCAUUUCAAGAUAUGCCCCGAACUCAGAUGCUGCUGCAAAAGCUGAAAGGUCCCACAUAUUGUCCUUGGGAUAUAAAUACCUUUCCCCGUGGGGAAUCCAGGAUGAAGAAUUCCCGAUCAGGUGUUGAUUCUGGAAUUGGUGAGAGCAUGACACGCACAAUGACCAGUGAAAGACUGCAAGUUCCCUUUUCCAAAACAUUUUCACCAGCUUUCCACAACUUGGUAGAACUUUGCUUGCAACAAGACCCUGAGAAAAGGCCAUCAGCAAGCAGUUUGCUUUCGCAUACGUUCUUCAAACAGAUAAAAGAACAAACACAGAAUUCACUGCUGUCUCUAUUACCACCUCCUAUUCAAAAUAACAGAUCAGAGCUCUUGGCACUGCCCUCAGCAAUAGUUGGAACUGAACUUGGACAUAUUACUGCAAAUCAAGAUGAUACAGACUGGGAAUUCUAAAUAAAUACCAAACAAACAUACCUCUCCUGUGUUUCAAAGAAGGAAAAUGUGAUUUGUAUUUGCUGCUUUAGUUUGUAUGGUUAAAAUACAAUUAGACAAGGUAUACUUGAAAAUGCCAUUAAAGUGGCCAUACUUCAUUAACUCCUUGCUCUGUUGGCAUCAUGAAGUGCAGCGUGCCUCACUUUCUGACCAUAAGGAAAACUGUAUAUAGAAAAUGGCUGAAUGCUUAUCUCCCUCUUUCAAAAUAUUUCUAAACAAGAGCAUUCCUACUGUGAUCUUACUUUAUAAUGUAUUUUUAGCUCAUAUUGCUGCAGUCAACGUGCCUUUCUGAAUUCAGGCCUGGGUUUUGUCUGUGACCUUACUUAAACAAUCUAUUAAUCUUUUCAUUAUUACCCAGAUUAUUUCAGCAAGGAGAAAUCCUCCGCUUCCAAGUCUAAAUUUGCAACUGCACAGAUUAGUUGCUUAUGCAAAUAAAUGUUUUUCUUUUCAUGCAUUUUCAUCAUUUUCAUGCAGUUUUAAUACUGCGUAUUUCCCAAAGAAAUCAAGCUACUUGAAAAUGUGACUCAUGCUCUUACAUUUGUCUACAUUCUUUGUACAGAUUUGUGCAUUUGCAUCUCCAUUUAUUGCUGUGUCAUUUUAGCAGUUAAUCUGAGGACCUCUUACUGUGCAAGUCUCAAGUUAUAACAGGUAUGGGUUAAUUUUGAAGAAUCAUAUUAAAUAAUCUGAAGUUACUGUACAUAUUUUUAUUUAUACUGUAUUCCCAUUCACCAACAGAACUUACCAGAACCUAAUACUGUAUCUUAAAAGAACAGACAAUAUGCAUUAAGCUUCACUGGUACUCCUGCUGACAAACAAGCCUCUUCUGCAUGGCACAGUGAAGGAUAGAUUCAGCUAUAGCAAGAACUUAAAUUCACUAGGAUUCUAGGGUUUUUAUUAUCUAAGUCAGAUGAAAAACUGCCUUUCUUCUCCCUACAAUUCAGUACAUUUUCAUCUCUCAUACUGUACCAGGCAACUCAGGCUGAACAAAAGCAGCUUCUUUUUAAAAAAGCUGCUCAUUCUCAUCGCCUUUUAGUAAAUGUUGUCCUAAAGCCAUGAGUACUUUACUGAUGUAAGUUCUGACUGUAGUAGAAACGUAUAAAUAGAUACUGAAUGGAUAUUUUAAAUUCUCAUCGUUAACAAUAUUCCACAUUAAGUGUUCAAGUCUUCCAUUACUGAGCCAGGCUACAGCCAGCCUUGGGAAUACUGUUUUGCCAGCAGCUUCACUACAGAGCCUUGAAGACCAAAUGACCAAAACACAAGCCUGAGACAGACAUAGAAUUCUAACCAAUCACAUUAAAAUAUUAACAAAAAAGUUGAUUCUGCUCAUUAUGCUGUGAAACGAGCUCUGUAUCUCAGAACCUAAUAUGUGAAACUUAAGAUUAAAACCCUUUCAAUAAACUUA